GCCGAGCCUGUAUUCUGAAAGCCGCUGAUAACAGCUGUGUUAUGAUUUUUUUUUUUUUAAACUUUCUCCACUGCUGUUAAGUUUUAUAUUAUAAGGGCUGUAAAUGUGUGUUCGCCCGUACAAUAGAGCCUCUGGUGUCAGGAAUAAAAUUCUCGGCUGGCAACUCUUCUCCCACAUCUGAGAAAUGCGAGCUGCUCCUAAUGGAUGUGGACGCAAAAUGUAACAACACCACCUCUCUGUGUCCAUCCUAUGAACAGUCAUCAGGUGCACUUGCCGUCAUUAUUAUCCCCUCUCUAUUGGCUCUGAGCACAGUGUUGGUGGUGGCUCUGAUUUUCUUUAGUCUCUAUAAAAACAAAGAAAGAGUCGAGAGGACUUCAGCUCAUUUCAAAAACGGCAAGCAGAGCGUUUCCCUGGCUGCAGCUUCUGUGCGUGCUCCAAAAGUCCAAUCAGUUUUGGAUCACUGGGAAAUCCCUGAAGAGUGUGUUCUUGAGGGACUUGAGUUUUGGCAGACAGGUUGCUAUGGCCCCAUUUGUAAAGGUCUGCUAAAGAAGAAAGGCGGAGCCUCUUCUGCUGUGGUGGUUAAGUGCCUCCGAGAUGCCCCUGACAAGCCUGAAACUAGAGAAUUUGUUGAGUGGCUCCUCUUCUGUGCCACAGUGUGUAAACAUGAAAAUGUGGUGCAGAUGUUGUACUGUCAGACCAAACGUCUGCCCAUGUACCUGGUUUUAGAUGCCUACACCCCAGGGAAUCUCCUUCACUUCCUCUGGACACUUAGAAAUGAUUCGGGCAAUGCAGAUCCAUUGCAGAACUUCUCUGAGAGGUCAGUGUUUCUGGUGGCAAAGCAAGUUGCAACUGGCUUGGAUUACCUGAUGUCAGAGCACAGGCUGGUGCAUGGAGAUGUUGCCGCCAGAAACAUCUUAAUUGGCCCAGGCCUCUCGGCUCGGGUAUCUGGCCUGGGUGUGGCAUUUGAAGGACGCAAAAUGGAUUCAGCAAUUAGGCAGAGGGCAGCAAAGGUGCCUCUCAAAUGGCAGGCUCCAGAGCGGAUUAUGAUGCUGCUCAGUAUCGACAGAAGCGACGUGUGGUCUUUUGGAAUCCUACUAUAUGAACUCAUCACCUUAGGAUCUCCACCGUACUCUGAGCUGGAGCCUUUGUCGGUGCUUCCAAAGCUCCAGGCGUCUUAUCGAAUGAAGAGACCAAAGAAUUGUGGAGGACUUUUGUAUGAUCUGAUGAAGUACUGCUGGAUGUGGAGUUUCAAAGAGCGACCAGCAUUUUCAGCCAUCAUAAAGCUGUUGGAGUCAUCGCUGCACCUUGCUGCUACUAAACCUAUUUGUGUUUCUGAGGCCAUAGACAUAUCUGAGUAUAAGAGAAUUUCAGGGCUGAGUGAAUAGACCUGCACUCACCUGCCACUUUAUUGGGUACACCUCUUCAGAUGCUUGUUAACAUAAAUAUUUAAUAAUCAAGACAACUUGCUGAAAUUCAAACUUAGCAUCAAAAGAAAGAUGAGUUGAGGGACUUUAAAUUUGCUAUGGUUGCCAGAUGGGCUGGUCUGAGUAUUUCAGAAACUGCUGAUCUGCUCAGACUUUUCCACACAACCACCUCUAGGGCUUACAGAAAAAAAGAGAAAAUAUCCAGCGAGCAGCAGUUCUCUGAGUGAAAAUGGCUUGUUGAUGCCAGAGGAGUUUAUUGGAACUCAACCAGUAACUCAAAUAAUCACUUGGUACAAGCAAAGUAUACCCUGAAUGCACAACACUCCAAAUCUUGAAGCAGACGAGCUACAGCAGUAGAAAACCACACCAGGUGCCACUUUUGUCUGCUAAGAGAAGGAACCUGAGGCUGCAGUUCACGCAGGCUCUCCAAAAUUGGACAAUAGAAGACUGGAAGAAUGUUUGCUGGUCUGAUGAGUCUCCAUUUCAGAUGAUGGGGUCAGAGUUCGACAUAAAAAAAAACAUGAAAGCGUGAAUCCAUCCUGCCUUAUGUCAGCUGGUUAGGCUGCUGGUGGUGCAAUGGUGUGGGGUAUAUUUUCUUGGCACACUUUGGGCCCCUUAGUACCAACUGAACAUCCUUCAAACAUCACAGCCUUCCUGAGUAAUGUUGCUGACCGUGUCCAUUCCUUUACGACCACAAGUGUAUCUUCUGAAGGCUGCUUCCACUAGGAUAACACAACCACUUUGCAAAGCUCGAAGUGGUUUCUUGAACAUUACAUACUGUACUCAAGUGGCCUCAAAAUCCAAUAGAGCACCUUUGGGAUGUCGCAGAAUGAGUGAUUCGCAUCAUGGAUGUGCAGCUGACAAAUCUGUAGCAAUUGUGUGAUGCUAUCAUGUCAAUAUGGAGUAUAAGCUCUUAAUCCCACAGUGAACAAAGGCAGUUCUGAAGGCAAAAGAUGGUCCAACCUGGUACCAACAAGGUGUAUCUAAUAACAAGUGUGUAACAAAUAUGGCAGCAACACUUAUUUGGUUUAACAUACAAAAUCUAUUGGUUCUUAGAUUGCAGCACAGUGCUCUACCAUCAUUUAUCAAUAACUGUGUAUGGUUACAGCUCGAACAUUGAUAGAAACAUGUUGAAACUGACUACAAAAUUUACAGUUCAAUAAUAAUAAGAUGAAUUAAAGACAAUGGUUCCAAGU